AUUCGAAAAUUCAUUUGUUCAUUUCCAUCAUUUACUGAAUUGUGAACCAUGAAUUGAUUAUUGUGAAUACAAUUUAUACUCAUUAAAAUGGUAAAACGAUCCAUAAGUCGUAUAUCGACUACAGGUGGCGGAUCAAUCGCUACAACUACUGGUGGUGGUGGUGGUACUGGAUCCGGUAUUGGAUCAAUAACCGGUAGUCAACGUGGUGGUGGUAGUACUAAUCAAGCAACAACUACAAUCACUACAUGUGGAAAAUGUUGUUAUUAUUUUCGUCAAGUGAUAACAUUUCUAUUUUCACAUAUUGGUCUUUGUACCUUGUUAUUAGGUUAUGCAUUGGUCGGUGCAUUUACAUUUCAAGCAUUGGAAUCCGUUCAUGAAAAAGAACAACGUAUUGAAAUGAGAAAAUCACGUGAUCGAUUAAUACAACGUUUAUCAAACCUGACAAAUGAAUCAAUUAUUCUUCGUUUUGAAUUAUGGACACGGAAAGCUGAAGAUAUUCUAUUAGAAUUUGAAAAAGAAUUUCUUCAUGCAGUCAAAUAUAAAGGUUAUGAUGGUUAUGAAGAAUUGAGUAAAACAAAUUCACAAUGGUCAUUUUCAGGUGCAUUACUUUAUUCAAUUAUUGUGAUUACUACUAUUGGUUAUGGUAAUGUUGCACCACGAACAGAAUGGGGAAAAAUUGUUACCAUCCUGUAUGCAAUAAUCGGUAUUCCUUUAAUGUUAUUUUGUCUUUCGAAUAUUGGCCAUAUGAUGGCACGUUCAUUUAAAUUUAUUUAUUGGAAAUGUUGUUGUUAUCUUUGUGUUAAACCAAAAAAACAACGUCGUAAACAACGACAACGACAAAGACAACGUCGACAACGACGACAAAGAAGACGUCAACGUCAAUUAAGAAAACAACGACAACUACGUCGUGCUAAACAACAACAACAACAACAGGCUGCCAUACAUGCUACUGUUAUGGCUAUGAAUCCACUGCUAUUAUCGAAUGGACCGCAAUCACAACAACAACAACAACCGCUGCAACAACAAAGAAUUAGUCGUUCACAAUCAUCACAACGAUCUGAUGGUCGUCAUAAUGAAAAAUGGUCGAUUCCAGUUCCGCAAGAAAAAUCACCAUCAUCAUUAUUGACUGCUUCCGUAGCUGAUAAUAAUUCAUCAUCACCGAAUACAUUACAGCUACCAAGACGAAUGAUACUUUCAAGAUCAUUAUCAGCACGUUAUCAUAAUGAAUUACGUGCUAGUAAAUUACGAGCAAUCAAUAGAUCAUCAGCUCAAUCAACGAAAAUAGUACCGGUUCGAAAAACAACUGUCAAUAUGCCACCAGUUAUAUGUAAUCAAUAUGCUUCGUUUAGUGAUGAACGUUUAGAUCGUGCUGUAUUUGCGGCAAACAAUUCGAUUGUUGUCAAAAGACCAACUGUAUUUCGAUCCAGUUCAAUGGCCGAUAAUGGAGCAGGCACAAGAUCUCGUCAACAACAAUUAUUAAAUGCUCAGGUUCGAUUUGGUAACGGUCAAACAAAACAACGACCAUCAUCAUUACAACCACCACAAUCAUCAUCUGCUAUACGACAAUCAGCUUCAUCAUCAAAUCUGAUGACCAACAACACUAACGCCGCCACAUUAAUGAAUCAACCGCAGCGAUCGUUACAACAACAACGUUCAAUACCAUCAUCAGAUAUGAUGAUGUUAAUGGAAAUGAAUCAUAAUCAUCAUCAAAAUCAUCAUCAUCAUCAUAUGACUACAUUCCAAUCGAGAAAUCAUUUGUACAAUUGUACACAAUCCAGGCCAUUUGUACCGAUCAAUAUUUCGGAUCUAAGUGAUGAUGGAUCUCGUGAUUUUGAUUCGAAUCUAGAUUCCGAUUUGGAUUUCAACGAUGAUGACGACGACAACGACAACGACAACGACGAUGAUGAUGAUGGUGAAGAAAUUCAGGAAAAAAAUAUACCUAUCACAGUUUGUCUGGCUUUAGUCAUUAGUUAUAUUUGUGGUGGUGCAUGGUUUUUUUCCACUUCAGAAGAAUGGUCUUUUCUUGAUGCAUCAUAUUUUUGUUUUAUAACAUUAUCGACAAUUGGUUUUGGUGAUUUAGUACCUGGUCGAACUGUACUAUCGACACAUGAAGAUGGUCAAAUGACAUUAGCUAUAUGUGCAUUAUAUCUAUUGUUUGGUAUGGCAUUAUUGGCCAUGUCACUUAAUCUGGUCAAAGAAAAAGUUCUUGAAACAGUACGUAUUGUUGGCGAAAGAAUCGGUAUUCUGGUUAGCGAUGAUGACGAUGAUGAUGAUGACGAAGAUGAAGAUAACGACGACGAUGACGAUGACAACGAUCAAAAUAAUAGCAAUAUUUACAAUAGUGAAUUAGAAUUACCGUAAAUUUAUGAGUGGCAUUUUUGCAUCCAUAGCUACUAAUGGAUGGCUGCUUUUUUUUAGAAAAAAAUCUCAAAAUGUAUGCAUUGUGAUUAUGAUUAUUCAUUAGCA